CCAUUGGAGAGAAACUAAAGCGAUGAGCACAGGACAGGAAAAGUGGGAGGAGGAGGGGGAGGGGGAGGAGGGGGGAGGAGGCCGUAAGAUGAGAGAGGAGGGAAACGUGUCACCAGCCCGGCCCCGGGAGCUCCGCGGCCGCCGCGUUGGUUGACUCCGCCGGGGAGGACCCGAGGCUGGAGCGGACCCCGCAGAGGGCAGAGCUGGGAGAGGAGGGCGGAGGGAGAGCUGGGCAGAGCGGGCGGCGAGAGCCAUCCAGGGCGCUCGUUUCUCUCCGGUGAGAAAACUUUCCCGGGAAGACCGGAAACUUUUUCCUGGGCGCGCGGAGGCGAGCUGCGAGUGUGCGCGACUCGAGGUGUUGGCCGAAUUUGUGGUCUUAAGGAAGCCUGAGGGCCAGAAGGCAGCCUUGGGAGAAGCCCUUUCUGUGGCAGUCAGAACCUUCUGUCCAGAGGAGAAGCCGCCCCCUCACCUGGACUUAUGACCCGCGGCUUCGCCCCCAGCCCGCCCGUCGAGUUCCACAGGAUGGGCUCCUUCCGCAGGCCCAGACCGCGCUUCAUGAGCUCCCCGGUGCUCAGCGACCUGCCCCGAUUCCAGGCAGCCCGGCAGGCUCUGCAGCUGAGCUCCAACUCGGCCUGGAACAGCGUCCAGACUGCCGUGAUCAACGUCUUCAAAGGGGGUGGCCUGCAGAGCAACGAGCUGUAUGUGCUGAAUGAAAGCAUCAGGCGGCUGCUGAAGAGUGAACUCGGGUCCUUCAUCACAGACUAUUUCCAGAACCAGCUUCUUGCAAAAGGACUGUUGUUUGUGGAGGAGAAGAUUAAGCUGUGUGAAGGUGAAAAUCGCAUUGAAGUUCUGGCUGAAGUCUGGGACCACUUCUUCACUGAGACUCUCCCCACCCUGCAGGCAAUAUUUUAUCCGGUUCAGGGCCAGGAGCUGACCAUCCGCCAGAUCUCCCUGCUGGGCUUCCGUGACCUGGUGCUGCUGAAGGUGAAGCUGGGCGACCUGCUGCUGCUGGCCCAGUCCCGGCUGCCCUCGUCCAUUGUCCAGAUGUUGCUCGUCCUGCAGAGUGUUCACGAGCCCACAGGCCCAAGUGAGGGUUAUCUGCAGCUGGAGGAGCUGGUGAAGCAAGUGGUGUCUCCUUUCCUCGGCAUCAGCGAGGACCGUGGGGUCUCGGGCCCCACGUUCACACUGGCCAGGCGCCACUCCAGGGUCCGGCCCAAGGUCACUCUCCUGAACUAUGCCUCCCCGAUGACCACUGUCAGCCGGCCCCUGAACGAGAUGGCCCUGACCCCACUGACAGAGCAAGAGGGGGAGGCCUACCUAGAGAAGUGUGGCAGCGUCCGGCGGCACACGGUGGCCAAUGCCCACUCGGACAUCCAGCUGCUGGCCAUGGCCACCAGGAUGCACUCAGGCUUGGGCGAGGAGCCUGGCAGUGAGGACAAGCGCCUGCUCCUGCCGCCCAGCUUCCCCCCGCCCCACCGGCAGUGCUCCAGCGAGCCCAACAUCACCGACAGCCCUGAUGAGCUGGAGGAGGGGGCGGGGGGCAGCCAGGAGGACUCGGAGCUGAACUGUGCCUCCCUCAGCUGAAGGCCCACCUCUGGACUUCCCAGCUCCUGCCUGGCAAGCAGGAUGGGGACGGCUCCAUCCCCAGCGAGCACGAGGGGCUGUUCCUUUGGGCGAUGCUGCCUUGUGGCUUUUCGGGUACAGGCCUAGUCUGAGUGCCCCGGGGAAAUCCUUGUUGUCAACCCCUCCAUUGUUGUGACUGUGACCACCUCUCUGCAGCCACUUAGACUCAAUUGCCUCAUGUUCUCUGUCUGACUUCCAGCCUUGCCUGCCUGACUCAGAUCCUCAUCUCUGGGCCUUUUCCCCUCGGAUAUUGGACUGUCCGUUGCUCCCAAUGAUAUAUCCCAUUGCCCCUGGCAUUCCCAUAGCAGGAGCUUGUCUGGGCCACACAGACCCAUCCAGGACGUGUUGGCUUUCAGAGUCCCCUUUAGGUUCCGGUGAUGCAGAGGCUUGUGGGUGAAAAGAGGUAAUCGAGAGGUACCUCUGCUCCUGUCUUAUUGAGUGAGGGUAGACUGCAGCCCUACCAAGCACGACCCUGGGAAUGCACCUUCCUUGUUUUAGUUUCAGAACUACUGGGGAAGAGUUGCCCCCCUCGUGGGUGAGGGUCCAUCCUCACCUAUAUCCAGACCCUCCAUGCCGCCUUGGGCUUUUGGCGCAGGCGGCCACAAGGCUGGAGACCCCCCCGUCUCUGAUUAAGCCUCGGCAUUUCCCUCUCAGGCUUCCUCCCACGCUCAAGGCACUAACCUCCCCGGAGCAGUAGCUGGUGCCUUCCUCCCUCUCUCAUUUCAGAAACUGGCCAUUUUCCUAGUGGGUGCGGGGCCAGCUGAUACCAAACAACUAGUCUGUUCCUGGAUUUGACUUGAAUUCUUUAAAUGUGCAUCGUUU